GUCUAGCCGUGCCAGCCCGUCGGGUGACGUAGGUUGUUGGGUUGUGGAUUGACGCUGUAGUCUAUCAGCAUGAAGUCCGCUCCAGUGUUAUCGGUGUCAGGGCGACGCGCGCACGUUCCGCUGUGAACUCCGAGACGGAAUCCCGUGGUAUAAAAAUACAGUUAUUUCCUUACCUUCUCGUCAAAACUACGCUGAAUUCACACUUCAGAUUUAAAGCCAUCUGGGAAGUGUUGGAAGACCUACUAUGAUCCACAUAUAAAAAGCGCUGCAUUCCUGACACUUCCUCUGUGUAUCUUUUGGUCCCCGAAGACAGCUUAGCGAUAUCCAUAAACAACAUUAUGGCGACUACUGAGAACAAGCGCCAAGACCUCCCCAAGGAACAGGCACUUCUAAAAGUGCCAUUAAAGAGGCUGAUGCGAGACAAAGCCGCAGACGGCACACCCAUAAAGAAACGUGUGAUGGCUGCUCUCAAUUUAUCCUGCAAAAAGAUCCCAGAAACCUCUCUCGGCUAUCAGGUCUCAAAGGCAACGAACAAAAUGGAGGCCAAUCCGGAUCUGAGUCCUGGUUUGAAGCACACUCUAGCACAGUUCUCUCUGAGCAGCCAGUGUUCCCUCGGUGGCCCGGCUGCGUUCACUGGUCAUCAUGGGCAGUAUAAGAUAGCGCCCCCUCUGGCUCAGGGAGGUAUGGCAGGGGGACCCGUACUAGUUCCCCCUGACAGCUCGACAGACCUUGUCCUCUGCUGUCUGGAGGGCGAAUCCAUCUCCUGCUUCUCUGUAGGAGGCGAACUGCGUCUUUGUCUGCCCCAGCUGCUCAACACCGUCCUGCGGGAAUUCUCGUUGCAGCAGAUCAACUCUGUGUGUGACCAGCUGUAUUUGUACUGUUCCCGCUGCGAUGCCACACAGUUACACAUUCUCAAAGUGCUGGGCAUCCUUCCUCCAGGGACUCCAUCCUGCGGCCUCAUCACGCUGACCGAUGCCCAGCGUCUCUGCAACACCCUGCUGCAUCCGGGUGAGGAACCCUCUCGUGAUUCAUACAAAGGGCAUGGUGAUAGAGAGGAGGAAGAGAAAGACGGCGAGGAAUCUGGAGGAUUUUGGGUGGAACACCAAUGUCUGGGCAAGUGUCAAGGCCUGUUUGUACCCCAGCUUUACUCCAGUCCGGAUGCGCACUGUAUCCGCUGUUCCCAAUGCCAGAUGCUCUUCUGCCCGGAGCGCUUUGUCAUGCACUCCCACCGACAGCCAGACAAACGCACAUGUCACUGGGGCUUCGAUUCAGCCAAUUGGGCCUGCUAUCUGCAGCUGGCACAAAGACAUCUAGCAACAGUGGAGGAAGAGAAGCUAAAGAAAUCUCUGGAGGAUAUGAAGACAAAGUUCCAGCAAGAGAAGAGGCAGCCGAAUGUGGCAAUAUCUUCACCUGCUUUUGUGUUCGACUCACGUUUGCUUGCCAGUCUUAAGGAGGACCCCGGUCAUGUUGACUUGAUGUGGCAAAGCUGGUACCAGUACAUGCCUGACAAGCUGGAAAGCAACGGCUUGGCACAACACCCUGGGUAUGUCCCUGGAAAGGAAAUGGGGUCUCCAGGAACAGAGACGCUCGGCGAUACUCAGGAUGAAAAGAAUCAGGAAGCACAUGUCACUGACCCAAAGACGCCCACCUAUUCAGGGCAAGAAAAACAUGGCCAGUCAGAUGAUACCAGUCCAGACGAAUGGCAGAAAGUAGACACGGCAGCUUAUAAGCAGUCGGUUGGUGUGACUGUGGAGCACAGUAAGGACAGCAUGGUGAUGGAGCUUCUUCAGAUGUACAGCGCGCAACAUGACAAACUUCAGUCAACACUACGCAGACAGAAACAGCUUGAAAAGGAGCUGCAGGCUCUCCGUCAAGGUGAAGCCACAGACCGCUGUGACUUACACGGGGAGCUGGAGGCGGUUCAGACUGAACAUGCUCAGAGGCUCGGUGAAGUCCAGCAGGAACAGAGAAAGUUAAAGUCCCGACUCGACCAGCUGAGGCAGCAAGGCUGCAGAUGCAAAGAGCUGGCUACUGAGCCACACCAGGAAACUAUCUAUGCCAAACAGUUAUCAGAGCUGCGUCAGAGGCUGGACCGCGCUGAGGAAGACCGCGAGGAGCUGCAAGAAGAGCUACACAGAGAGCGAGAAGCCAGAGAGAGGCUGGAGCGAACCAUCUCUGAACUCAAACAUCAGAUGAGGGAAUCCGCCCACCCUGCUUCAAUGGACAAUCCCAUGUCUUCAGCCUGUAGCGACACACACAUGUCCCCGACACCUUAGCGUGGUCUACGAUCACCAACACGCAAUCUGAUUUCUGUGAUCAAGAGUCAUUUUGGAAUGGUGUCUCCGUUUUGGAAUUGGAUGCCAAAGUUGUUUUUAUCGCAGUUCUACGGACCAAUUAUACAGUUCGGGUCAUCCUGAGUAGGUUUGGGUUUAAUGCUGUGAAUUUGUUGAGUAACUAUUGAGUUGAACUGAUUUUUUUGGACAUGCGAAUAAGGAUUUUUGGUGUUUUGAUACAAAUUAAGUAGUUAGAAACAUUAUGCAAACCACUAACCCUGCAAGCGUACAAUCAACACCAUCCGUUUUGGUUUAUCAGUGCUAGGACUACUGAUAUCGAAUGAAAAAUGUUUUUUUUUUUUUUUAAAUAUUGGAAUUGUUUAAAAAUAUAUAUCACAACUGAUAUUGUUUCUAAAAAUAUUUAUUGUUUAUGGAUAAAUGUUAUGUGAAUAAUCUUAUGUCAAAUUAUACAUAUUUAACAUUCUUUUUGCCAUAUUUUGUUUAUAUUUUAUGUAGGUUAUGCUCAUUAUGAAUGUACAAAAUAUAUGCAUGUGUACUUUCAUAAAAUAUGGAUAAAUAUACUAUGUUUACACUGUGGUAUGAAGUUCAGAAAAUGUUUUCUAUGCCAUUUACAGUGAAUGUUUGCCUCUCUUAAUGACCACCAGAAUUUUUUUCUCUCAUUUCAAGGACUUUUAACACCAAACAGAAGAAAAAAAAAGAAAAUAAUACAUUUUAAAAGUGAUGCUAAAUGUUAAAACACUGAUUUCCACAACAUUUACUUUACAUUCUAUAAACUGUCUAGACAAACAGGCCUAUAUGUACUUUGCUCAGAGAAAGAUGUUAUUCUUCUAUGUGUGAGAAAGACAAUUAUGUAUUGCUAUUGUUUGCUGUAACUGACAAUCAGCUUGUUUAUCUGUAAUUGCUUUUAUAUCCAAAAUCUAACAGUUAAGAUGAAUUAAAUAGUUGCUACCUCAUACAGACACAAACAGAUAUAUACAUGGAAAAGCUAUAGGUUGUGUAUUUGUGUAUAGAAGUGGAUGGAUGGAGUAGUCAGUCAGGCAUAUGACUGAUAAAUACCUCUGUGCUGCUGCUAUGAUAUUUCUUUUAAUGAUUUUCUUCCUUUUUUUCAGUUUCCAGAUUACUUAAAGAUGCAUGUGAGAUUGAAGAAAUAUAUAAUAUUAUAUAAAAUACAGAUAUAUUGAGUAUUGUUCCUAACCUUUAAGCCAAACAUAAUUUCAUAAUGAUGUUGUUAAGUACAAAAUGUUAAUUAUCUUUGCCAGUGCCAUCUUUUAUGUGUAUUGUAUGACAUGACACUUUUGUCCUACCUCCACUUGUGAUCGAGACACUUUGUAUCACCCACCAACUUUUGUAUGUCAUCUUUCUACAUUAACUCAUGGGAAAUGAUAUAUUAAUGUGCUGUUGGGGGAAAUAAUAAAAAUGAUUAUAUAUAAUUAUAUAAA